UGAUCCAAGUCAAAGACCAACCGCAUUUGAAUUGAAUGAAACGUUUAGCGAUUGGAUAACUGAUAUAUGUGAUAACCCAGAACCAACUGAGAUCAAUGAAGAAUUUAAAGUUGCUGAGGAAAGAUGUGAUAUUUUUCAAAUGCAGAAAAACACGCCACAAGAAAUUCAUAAAGAUGCGUUUUACACAAGUCGAUUUCUUGACUUUCCAGAUCUUAAAUAUAUGAUACCACCCACUACAUAA